AUGAUUAAAAAGGAACCCGGUAUUUCAAAUGCCGUUUCUUCAUGGUUAGAAAAGCCUUCUCAACAGGUUAAUCAACCUAAAUCUGAGAAUAGCCGCCCACCUUUAAAACAAAAGGCAGAAAAUAUUCAAACAGAUCCAGUUCUUUCGAAAGGGACAGACGCUAAAAAUCAGCUUCUCUCCCAAUUUAUGAUGAUCACCGGAAAUAAUGCUAAUAAUGCUCCCCAGGUGAAGAAGGAACCUGGUAGUUAUGCUCCCAAUGAAUCAUCGCCGAAAUCUAGUUCAACUAUAAUGCACCCAGCUAAACAUAAAAUUGGGAAGCCCAUCCACACGGAGAGAAUUGCAAAUAGCAAUAAACCUAAAACUACUGAAAACUCUGCUGCUAUUGUAGCCUCUGCAAUCCAGGAUUCGACGCAGAGUAAUUCUCCGUUGGCUAAAUUUAAGAUUGAGGAGGGUGCGGCAAAUAAAAGUGUCAUCACAAAUACUCCAGUUCAUAACAAGCAAGAAACCAAGAGUGUCAAUAAAUCAGUAGGUAAGUCUACAGAGAAGCCAUCCAAUAAGGUCCAAAACAAACUGGCAACUAAAUCUGUCACCAACCCUCCACAAAAUCCAGGAAAAUACGAGAAGUUGAUCAAAAGACUCAACGAAAAGGAAGACGAAGAAAACCCUGACUACUAUGAAGAAGUGUUCACUCACGCGGAAUGGAAAAAGGAAUGCAUCGAUCUGGCUAAAUGUGAUAUGACUGAGUGGAUUGACAAGGGCCAGGAAUUGUUGAAAGAACAACAGGCGAUUAUGUCUCGUAUGGUUUUAGCAAGAAUUAAACUUUCCCAUCGGUUCCAAGUUGUUACCAACAUCAUAAAUGAAAGAGCAGAGUUAUUGGCGAAACAAGGUAAUCUAAUGGAUGCUAAACUAAAGAAGGUUCAAGUCCUAGGAAAGGAAAUCCUUGAGCUAUUAUAA